UUUUUCGAUUCUUCACAUUCUGCACGACAAAAACACAAUACAACAAACAUGUCAAAAAUAAAAUAAAAUAAAAUAAACUAAAACAAAGAAGCCCAAAGUUGAUGAAAACAUAAGGAAAAGGGGAGUAUGCAAGCCAGUCUCAUAAUCAUCGAGUUCUUUCACCAUUUUCGCAACAGAACAAAUCAAGGUUUCCACAACAAUACCACGAUGCAUGCUUCCUGUGGUCACCGACACAUCGAUCCAGAGCUUCAAAUAGAUGCAAAGAGCGCGAGGAAGCAAGAGAAACAAUCUAGAUGGGGCAGCAGCAGCAGCAGCAGGUGAUGUGGGGCACCUCAAUCACCAAUUCCAGAAUGCCAGCACCAAAGAGGACUGCUGCUGGUUGAUGGAUGGAUCAGUCCCACCCUCCACAACUGCAUCAACUGCUUGGCUUCUGUUAUUUCUUAACUGCCACUGUAAUCUUCACCCCCUUUCUAACCUGGUUCCAUUGUGGGUUACACUCCCAUGUUAGUGUGUGGAAAGUUUUUGGGCCUGAAACCCAAACUGAGCAUAAGGUUGUAAAUCAGGUUUGUUUCCGGCGACUGGUAUUGUGGUGAAAGCUUGCUUGUGCAUCUAGGAUAAGUCUCGAUGGUAAGCUUCAAACAGUAUCUUGGUCCGUGAAACUGGUCAACCGUGCGCAUUCGAGAUUGGAAUUCGAGAAACGGAGAAGUGUGUGAUGAUGCACUGCUACUACUUGUGGGUGAUUGCGACUGCAUUGUCAUUUCUUCAGUUUCUGGUGUUCCAGACUGUGGAUGCCUCGACGAGGCAUUCUUCACUUGUUCAGAUCGGGGCUCAUGUUGAAGCGCCCAUGAUGCUGCCAAAGCUUUUGCCCCUCAUCCCCGGUCUGGUCGGAUCGAGGAACUCGUCAUCGCAACCACAUGCAGAUUUGAUUUUCCAGCCACUGGGACCUGCACCGUCUGCUACAUUUGACUACGGUGAUGGUCCAAAUGGACCGAGCCACUGGGGUGAGCUGAAUCCAGAGUGGGCGCUGUGUAAAGCAGGUAAUCAGCAGUCGCCUUUGGCCAUCCUUCCAACUCUCAUGGUCACCGAUCCUACUUUGGGGGACUUAAAAGCUAAUUACACUUCGGAGCCAGUUGAUGUUACCAUUGUGCACGACGACCAUGAUUUUAAGCUUUCAUCCAUGUUAAGAUGGCACUGUUUUCUGGCUGGUUUGAUGUAUUUUGACGGUCUGCUUUUGAACAGACCCCUGCUAAAUGAAACCAAUCCACUAGUUUGGCAGUUCCUAGACAAGCUGCCAACGCACAAGAACCCAUAUAGAAGAUUAAAAAUCCAGCCAAUCACUUUACCGAAGGUUGAGCCAAACUACGGUCGAUACCGAGGCUCUCUCACUACCCCACCGUGCUCCGAAACCGUCAUCUGGACAAUCAUGCUGUGGAAUUUUCCCUCUGUUUCGAACUACCAGUUCAAACUUAUCAAAGCUGCAAUGCCGACGAGGAAUUCUCGACCGGGGUUUUCAAGCUGGGGAAGGAAGUUCCGCAUCAACCAUGCACUCAACUGGUCGUUCGUGAAACAGGCUUUCCAGGACCAUCACUUCACGCAUUAA